AUGACAAUUGAGGAAGUCACUGGCGCGGCGCCGCGUGCUCCAAAGCCAGUGCCCAAUACGCCUGAAAGCGUUUUCGCACAGCUUCGGAUGGAUGGGAAGGUUGUUGCUAUUACAGGUGGAGCAGAUGGUAUUGGUUUUGCUGUCGCAGAGGCUGUUGCAGAGGCCGGUGCCAAUGUGGCUUUGUGGUACAACACCAACGAUGCUGCUGUCGCGAGAAGGAAAGACCUUGAGCAGAAGUUUGGGAUCAAGGCAUUAGCCUAUCAAGUUGAGGUUUCGGACCACGAGGCUGUGGAGAAAACAAUCUCUCGAGUGGUGGCAGAUUUUGGCAAGCUCGAUGUGUUCGUGGCGAACGCUGGCAUGGCGAUCUCCAAGGCGAUUACUGAGCAGACUGUUGAAGAGUACAGGAAGCAGAUGUCUGUGAAUGUCGAUGGGGUGUUCUACUGCGCAAAGUAUGCUGGAGCAGUGUUCAAGAGUCAAGGCUUUGGAAAUCUGAUCAUUACAUCGAGCAUCUCGGCCCAUAUUGUCAACGUCCCAGUUGAUCAGCCCGUGUACAACGCGACCAAGGCUGCAAUCAAUCACCUUGGGAAAAGCCUGGCUCGAGAGUGGAGAGAUUUUGCCCGUGUGAACAUCGUGUCUCCAGGUUUCUUCAACACCAAGAUGGGCGCUGCUCCCCGAGUUGUCAAUGAAGCGACCCGCAUGACUCCACUUGGCCGACAAGGAGAUGUGAAAGAGAUCAAAGGACUGUACUUGUACUUGGCGAGUGAUGCUUCUUCGUAUCAGACCGGUAGCGAUAUAAUAAUUGACGGUGGCUACGUUCUUCCGUAGAUUUCUAUGG